AUGGCGGCGAUCGGUGCCGGUGGGCCGGUGGCGAAUGUCUACCCGUUCCGCGAUGCCCGGGCCGCGCCAGACCCAGUGCUGGAGGCCGGCCCGGGGGCACACGGGCCACUGCCGGUGCCACUCGUGCUGGACAACGGGUCGUUCCAGGCCCGCGCCGGCUGGGCAUGCCCCGGGCCGGACCCAGGCCCCGAACCGCGCCUGCAGUUCCGCGCAGUGUGCGCCCGCGGGCGUGGCGGGGCUCGGGGCGGGGCGGGCCCGCAGGUGGGAAACGCGCUGGGCAGCCUGGAGCCGCUGCGCUGGAUGCUGCGCUCACCCUUCGACCGCAACGUACCGGUCAACCUGGAGCUGCAGGAGCUGCUGCUGGACUACAGCUUCCAGCACCUGGGUGUCUCCUCACAGGGCUGUGUUGAUCAUCCCAUAGUUUUGACAGAAGCUGUGUGCAACCCACUGUAUUCUCGGCAAAUGAUGUCUGAGCUUCUUUUUGAGUGCUAUGGGAUUCCUAAGGUUGCCUAUGGAAUAGACAGCCUUUUCAGCUUCUACCACAAUAAGCCAAAGAACUUGAUUUCCAGUGGGCUCAUCAUUUCCUCUGGAUACCAGUGUACACAUAUUUUACCCAUCUUAGAAGGGAGGUUAGAUGCUAAAAACUGCAAACGCAUCAAUCUGGGAGGAAGCCAAGCAGCUGGCUACCUCCAGCGCCUCCUGCAGCUGAAGUAUCCUGGGCACCUGGCAGCCAUCACUCUCAGCCGCAUGGAGGAGAUCCUGCAUGAACACAGCUACGUUGCUGACGAUUAUGUGGGCGAACUGCAGAAAUGGCGGUGCCCUGAUUAUUACGAAAACAACGUCCACAAGAUGCAGCUCCCGUUUUCCAGCAAGCUCCUCGGCAGCACGCUGGGCUCGGAGGAGAAGCAGGAACGGCGGCAGCAGCAGCUGCGGCGCCUGCAGGAGCUCAACGCCCGCCGGCGGGAGGAGAAGCUGCAGCUGGACCAGGAGCGUCUGGACAGACUGCUCUACGUGCAGGAACUUCUAGAGGAUGGCCAGAUGGAUCAGUUUCACAAAGCUCUGGUGGAACUGAACAUGGACUCCCCGGAAGAGCUGCAGUCCUACAUCCAGAAGCUCAGCUCGGCGGUGGAGCAGGCAAAGCAGAAAAUCCUCCAAGCAGAAGUCACCCUCGAGGUGGAUGUGGUGGACAGCAAGCCAGAGACCCCUGACCUGGAGCAGCUAGAGCCGUCUCUGGAAGAUGUAGAAAGCAUCAAUGAUUUUGAACCCUUGUUUUCAGAGGAAACCCCUGAAGUGGAGAAGCCAGUCACCACUGUCCAGCCCGUGUUUAACUUGGCAGCCUAUCAUCAGCUGUUUGUCGGGACAGAAAGAAUUCGAGCUCCGGAAAUUAUCUUCCAGCCAUCCCUCAUAGGGGAGGAGCAGGCUGGAAUAGCAGAGACCCUUCAGUACAUCCUGGCCAGGUACUCAAAGGACGUUCAGGACCUGCUAGUUCAGAAUGUUUUCCUCACCGGUGGAAACAUGAUGUACCCUGGGAUGAAAGGUAGAAUCGAGAAGGAGCUGUUGGAGAUGAGGCCCUUCCAGUCUGCUUUUAAGGUUCAGCUCGCUUCCAACCCUGUGCUGGACGCCUGGUAUGGUGCUCGGGACUGGGCCUUGGACCACCUGGAUGAUGACGAAGUCUGGAUCACCAGGAAAGAGUAUGAAGAGAAGGGAGGGGAAUACCUCAAGGAGCACUGUGCAUCCAACAUCUACGUCCCCAUCCGCCUGCCCAAGCAGGCCUCACGCUUCUCAGACGCGCAGGCCCCCAGCAGAGGCUCGGGGGCCAGUGGAGGCAGUGCUGGUGAGCAGGCCUAGGGGGCGCCCUCUGGGACCUGGGACCGCGGUGGCCAGUGUGAGGGAC